AUGGCCACCGGAGAGACACCCCCCGCCGUCCCGGCCCUCGCUGCCGAGACGAGCUCCACCGCAGGCGUCAACCAGCCCAGCGCUGCGUCCAGCAACCCCGCGUCCAUCAACGACACGCCCUCGGUCCACUCGAGCGACGGCAGCAAGUCGGGUGGCGCCCCCGAGCCCCCCAAGAUGCCCAAAUGGCGCUUCUGGGCCAUCUUCCUGUCGCUCCUCAUGUGCGUCUUCCUCUUCGCCCUCGACCAGCUCAUCGUCGCCACCGCCAUCCCCAAGAUCACCAUCCAGUUCAACGCGCUGUCCCAGCUGCCCUGGCUGGCCUCUGGCUUUUUCCUCCCGCUCUUCGCGCUCAACCUCAUCUACGCCCAGUGCCUCGAAAUCUUCCCGUCCAAGCAUGUCAUCAUGUUCGCAGUGUUCAUCUUCGAGGUCGGAUCGCUCCUGUGCGGCGUCGCGCCCAACAUGGUCGCCCUGAUCUUUGGCCGUGCGGUUGCUGGUGCUGGCGCUGCUGGAAUCUUCUCAGGCGGCAUGGUGGUCAUUGCCGAGCUUACGUCGCUUCACAACCGCGCGCAGUACCUCGCUCUCUUUGGCGUGGUGUUUGCCAUCGCCUCGGUCGUCGGUCCCCUCGUGGGCGGUGCUUUUUCCGACCACGUCUCGUGGAGGUGGUGCUUCUACAUCAACCUCCCCCUCGGCGGCAUUGCGCUCGUUUCGCUGGGCGUGUUCCAGCCCUCGCUCCCGCCCAUGGGCCGUAGGCGCAACUACCAGGGCUACAGCAAGUACAUGCUCCACCAGUUCAUCCGGUGCGACUGGGUGGGCGCUGCGAUUGCCAUGGCGUGGGCCGUGUGCUUUAUCCUCGCGCUGCAAUGGGGCGGCGUUGACCAUGCGUGGAACUCGGGGUCGGUGAUUGCGUGCCUCGUCAUGGUCGGUGUCCUGCCGCCCAUCUUCUUCGCUUGGGAGAUGUUUGUCGGUCCCGAGCGCGCCAUGUUCAAGCUCCGCCUGUUCGCGCGCCGCACCAUUUUCGGCGCGGCCGUCUGCCUCGCGUUCCUGUUCGGCGUCAUGAUGAUCGACGUCUACUACCUGUCCGUGGCGCUGCAGGCCGUGUACCGCUUCUCGGCGACGGCGGCCGGUGUGCGCCUCCUCCCGCUCAUCAUGAGCCAGGUGGUCGCGCUCAUUGCCAGUGCGCGCAUCAUCCCCAAGCUGGGCAGGUACAAGUGGGUCAUUGUCGCGGGCCCCUGUUUCCUCGCCCUCGGCUCGGGCCUCCUCUACACCAUCAAGUACGGCACGCCCAUUGCCAACCUGUACGGCUUCCAGGUCCUCAUCGGUAUCGGUGUCGGCAUGUCCCUGCAGAACUGCAUGCUCGCGAUCCAGUUUGAGCUCAAGAAGGAGCCCCAGUUCAUCUCGGCCGGCGUCGGCAUCGGCACGUUUACGGGCUUUGCAGGCCGCAUCAUCGGCAUCUCGCUUGCCGGCAGCGUGUUUGAGAACAUGAUCCAGGUCAACUUGCACAAGUAUGUCCCGCAGCUGUCCGAGGCGCAGGUCAUGGAGGUGGUCAACGACGCGGGAGCCGUCUACUCCAUGAUCCCCGAGGAAUACCGCACCCAGACGCUCGUGGCGUACACCCAGACCCUGCGUCUCGUGUACAUUAUCGGCCUCCCGUUCGCCGUCUGCGGCAUCGCCGCCGCGCUGCUCAUCAAAAACUCCAAGAUGCCCACCAAGGCCGAGGAGCUCGAGCGCAAGCGCGAGCGCGACGAAAAGGAGGCCGUCCUCGAUGCCGAGCACGCAAAGGCCCAGGAGGCAGGUGCCGCCACGGACAACAACGGGUUGCGCUACGACCGCGAGGACAAGGUCGCCGACGUCGAGGCCGAGCCCAAGGCCGCCGACACGGGCCGCGCAUAA